AGGGGAUUGACUAGGAUCUGCGCACUGCUGGAGCUGUGGAACCUUUGGGUAGUAAGUGAUGACCGCCUACAGGUUUGAAUCACCAGCAGCUCAGAGGAAGGAGGAAGAAGUGCCUGAUUUCGUUAUUAUUUCUGGGAUGUCUUCAUGAGAGAUUGAAAUUUGUGAACAUCAUUAGAGCUGAUCCAGAUAAGACAAACAUAGAGCAUCCCAGUUGCCGGCAGUGUCCUGAGGACCAAAGAAAAUGACCAAGGCUCAGGAAUCACUGACAUUCAACGAUGUGGCUGUCAGGUUCACCGGGGAGGAAUGGCAGCUCCUGAACCCGGCUCAGAAGAUGCUCUAUCAGGAUGUGAUGUGGGAGAACUAUCGCAACCUGGUUUCCAUCGAGAGCCAGAAAGGUGAUGAUCAUUUGCUUGAGUACUGGCAACAUGAAAGAAGUGUGGACAAAGCCGAACAAUGCUAUAACUUUAAUACAUUGAAAAACAUUCUUCAUCAGAACCAAAAUAAUUUUCCUCUAAAGGAUGAGAUACUUGGCUUGCAUGAAAAAAUUGUAAAAUCAGAUUUCAUCAUGCUGGCAUUAAAUCAGAACAGUAGCAGCAAAAUACAGAAGUCAGUUGUGCUCAGUGGAGAUGAGAAAACUUUUCUCGAAGUUGAACAAGAGCAAUUUUGUACUGCAAUGAAAUUCACUGAGUAUGAAAAAUCCAGUAGCAUGAAGGCACAAUGCAUUCAGCAUCAGGAAUCUGACAAAAUUGAGAAACCACGCAUGGGUGAUAAAUGUGGGAAACCCUUCUUGGAGGAGUCUUUGCUCUGUGAGCACCAGAUCAUUCAUAUUCUAGAUAAGACCUGUGAAUGCAGUCGGUGUGGGCAAGGAUUCGACCGAGUAUUCAAACUCACUGCACAUUAUCGAUUAGCUCAUAAAGGACAAAAACCACAUACAUGUUUGGAAUCUGGCAAAGUUUUUCACAGUAAAUCAUACCUCAAGGAACAUCAGAAAACUCAGGAGGCAGGGAUGCCCUGUGUGUGUAGUGCACAUGGGAAAGGCUUCACCAGGAACAGUGAUCUCACUGUUCAUCAGCGAACUUGUACUGGAGAGAAACCUGAUGUGUGUGUUGAGCAUGGUAAAGGCUUCAUUCAGACAGAACAUCUCAGCACUCAUCUACACACUCAUACUGGAGAAAAACCUUAUGUGUGUGGUGAGUGUGGGAAAGCUUUCAGCCAGAAGCGAUGUCUUACAGCACAUCAGGUAUUUCACACAGGAAAGAAACCCCAUGUAUGUGGAGAAUGUGGAAAAGCCUUUAGCAGGAAAAAUAACCUCACUGAUCAUCAGCGAACUCAUACUGGAGAGAAACCCCAUGUGUGUGGCGAAUGUGGAAAAGCCUUUACCUGGAAGAAUGUUCUCACUGAUCAUCAGCGAACUCAUACUGGAGAGAAACGCCAUAUAUGUGGUGAAUGUGGAAAAGCCUUUAUCAGGAAGAGGAACCUCUCUGUUCACCAGCGAACUCAUACUGGAGAGAAACCCCAUGUAUGUGGUGAAUGUGGAAAAGCCUUUACCAGGAAGAAGAACCUCACUGUUCAUCAGCGAACUCACACUGGAGAAAAACCUUAUAUAUGUGGUGAAUGUGGUAAAGCUUUCAGCCAGCCGCAAUGUCUUAAAGCACAUCAGACAUUUCACACAGGAGAGAAACCCCAUGUAUGUGGUGAAUGUGGAAAAGCCUUUAUCUGGAAGCAUGGCCUCAUUGUUCACCAACGAACUCAUACUGGAGAGAAACCCUACGUAUGUGGUGAAUGUGGAAAAGCCUUUUUCAGGAAAAAGAACCUCACUAUUCAUCAGCGAAUUCAUACUAGAGAAAAACCUUAUGUAUGUGGUGAGUGUGGUAAAGCUUUCAGCCAGAAGCAAUGCCUUGUAAUACACCAGACAUUUCACACAGGUAAGAAGACCCAUGUAUGUGGUGAAUGUGGAAAAGCCUUUAUCUGGAAGAAGAAGCUCACUGCUCAUCAGCGAACUCAUACUGGAGAGAAACCCCAUGUAUGUAGUGAAUGUGGAAAAGCCUUUAUCUGGAAGAGUAAGCUCACUGUUCAUCAGCGAACUCACACUGGAGAAAAACCUUAUGUAUGUGGUGAGUGUGGUAAAGGUUUCAGCCAGAAGCGAUGCCUUACAGCACAUCACAGAUUUCACACAGGAAAUAAGCCCUUUGCUUGAAUUAAAUGUGGAAAAUCUUAUGUGGAAGUCAAGUAUCAUUUAACAUGAGAAAUUCUUAACAAGAAAGCCUUUCAAUGGGGUGAGUUUAAGAAGGAUUUCAAACAAAGGAAGAGAUAUUAGGGUUUGUUCAGAGCUGAGUGCGGGAUGAGACGAUUAUGGCUUCCCAUGUAGCUACCCGUACUCUGAAUUGCUGUCACUGUACUGACAUGGCCCACUAGUGUGGGGAGAGGUACUUCCAGACUUCUGAAUGGCACAUGGGCACCUUCUCUUAAAGCUUUUAGUGCCCGAAAGAGGACUGGACCUGUUGUUUCUGGAUCACACCCAUGCCAAGCAAUAGAGUCUAUCCAGAUGCCAGUAGUGCCCGCCCCACAUGCAUGCACUUUGUUAGCCCCCCGUAGACAGCACAAAAACACCAUAAAACGAGAGUGAAGAAAAUACAAGAUUUAUGGGAACAAGUAGUCCAGAGGACAAAUGGACCACAGCGAAACUCAGCUUCCUUGACCCUGAGCCCAGAAGAACGAGAUGGUGCCAAGCUUCCAUUGCUAAUUACUCUGAAAGGGAUCACAGAAGAGGGUCCUGAGUAGAGUGGGAGAACAAAGUGGAACAAAACCCCAAAUCAUAAAAGAGACCAGGUUUACUGAUCUCAUGGAGACUUAGAAUCCCCAGACUAUGCCCUUUAGCGACUCUUCACUCCUGGAAAUGUACUCACUCCUCUGACUCAGCGGUCAGCCCAACAAUAUGCAGGCUUGGAGGGGAAGACUAACAUCUGGGAGGUAUACACUCCUUAGAACAACCUACCGGACAAAAUCAAAAGGAUAGCAUUUGCCGAUGGAUUAAAAACACUUGAAAGCAGGAAGGGAUGGGAAACAGGGAUAAAUAAUGAUAAAACACACGGAGACUGGAAGUGGAAGUGGUUGGUAUAUCUUGGGGACUACAAUCUGUGUAUGAAUUCUUAAAUGGAAAUACAAUUUAGUCUGUAGAUUUUAAAUCAUAAAACUUUUUAAAAAAUGAA